AUGUCGGACGGCCAGGACGUGCAGACGCUCAAGAUGCCAGUCGCGAGGAAACACGACGAUCACGACCGACGGCGGUCGUCCACGCUGCGGCUCGAACCUCUGCAGUCGGAGAAUGCUCGUAAAGGGACCACAUCGUUUGUUCGUGCUCGCACGUCCGGCGUGAAUCGUCUCCUUCGAUCAAGUACUAGCAGCGCUCGAGUCGUGUCUGGAAACGUCCGCAGCAGCAGCAGCAACAGCCACAGCAGCAAAAGCGGCAGUAGCAAAAGCAAAAGCGCUCCCAACAGCAAAGCAAGUGACCCCGAAAGCAAGUCAGACGCAGUCGAGACAGACUCGGCGAAAAAAGAGACGGCAGAAGUAGCUCCAGAGUCGUCGGAAGCGGUAGUUGCGCCGUGUUCGUCCACGCUGUCACCAUAUGCGAGUGGCGGCACUGACGACGGCGAAGUUCCGCUGUACGUGGAGCAAAACUGGACGCACGUGGUGCUGAAAAUGACUGCGUUCUCAGAAGAAGAUGCGGUGACGAGUUUUGUGUUUGAUACUGCUGGAGGAGGUAUCGGCAGCAGUGCUGACAAUGUGGCGAGCAUCCCAGCGGACAAGUUUCUUGGCGCGAAAGAUCACGCUCGUAUUUUGCACACCAGUGGACGCUUUUACUUGGUCAAUGGAGACGACGUGGGCGACACGUUCGUUCGGCUGAGUCCGUGCGAAACAGGCGAUGAAACGGACGCAGCAGAUCGAAUGCAGUGGCCACUAGAUCCGCACGUGUCGUUUCGUGUGGGCAAGUCGGACUUUAUGGUUACUGCUUUUCACGAAGCGUCGCAGACGUUGGAAGUGUCGGCACUGAGUGGCAAGCUGGCAGGCACGCAGUUCACGAUCGGACCUGAAGGUGCCGGCAUUGGAAGAUCGGCGGAAAACAAGAUCCACACGGGAGACGGUGAACUGUCUCGCAAACACGCUGCUAUUUGGUUUGACGAAUUGACGAACCAGUUUUUUCUGAUUGACUUGAACUCGACGAAUGGCACCUUUAUGAAGCUCGUGGGGAGCUAUCAGGAACCCUACCGCCUGGAGAUUGGCGAUGACUUGCUGAUUGCACAGACUUGUUUGACAGUCAACCGGUUUGACUUUGGCGCUCACGCGGAUAUGGGCACUCGAAAGUACAUGGAGGAUGCGCACACGGUUAUUCAAGACAUGUGUAUCGAGUCACUGAGCCGCUUGGGGUUGCAUCCCCAGUCGUACUUUGCUGUCUACGAUGGCCACGGCGGCGAGGAAGCAUCGUUGUACUUGGGCGAAGUGCUGCAUUUGAAUAUCGUGGACGCGUUCUAUAUGCAGAAGGCGGAAUGGGGAUCGCUGGCCAACAAGUCGCCGGAAGAGCUGCAGUCAAUGAUUACAAAGCGACUGACGACAACUUUCGAGCAGACGGACGAGGCUUUUCUGAAUGAAUCGGAGCGUCCUCAGGCUGGAAGUACAGCAACGACGGUGUUGGUGGCAGGCAAGUACAUGUUUGUGUCAAACGUUGGCGACUCCCGGACAGUCUUGAGUCGCGCGGGCAAGGCCGAGCGUCUGUCGAAUGAUCACAAACCGAGUCGGCCGGACGAAGCGCAGCGUAUUCGUGACACUGGUGGCUUUGUCAUUCACGGACGCAUCAUGGGAGAGCUUGCCGUUUCUCGAGCUUUCGGCGACGCACCGUUCAAGACGUUUGAUUUAUUUGAGCCGCCACUCGAAGACGUGGGCUCGAAGCCACGUAGUGAUUACGAUUCACAGGAAUUGCCCAUCAAUCCGAACGACAUUUUGAAAGGGCCGCUGGUUAUUCCUACACCCGAGGUGACAGUGACAGAGCUCACAGAUGAUUGCGAGUUUAUUAUGUUGGCCAGUGACGGUCUGUACGACGUCAUCAAAGACCAGGAAGCUGUCGACUUUUUGCGUCAUAAGAUCGAGCAGCUUGGCGAUGUUCAGCGCGCGGCAGAGGCAAUCGUGGAGUAUGCCAUUUAUCAUCAGCGCUCAACGGAUAACGUGACGUGUGUGGUGGUGAUGUUCAAAGAGCCGAGGAGCUUCAAGAGCUAG